GCGUACCUGAGUUAUCGCCGGAAAAGAGAGCUAUGUCGAUACGUACUUUGGAGAAAGAGAUCAUAAACGGCGUUUUUUAAGUUUUCAUCUAUUUUUUAAUCAUCUUGUUAUUUUAAUUUUGUCCUUUUAGCAAGUUUAUCAGACUUUCUAUACCCGCAUAGUUUACCUUCAUGGUGUCUAUCGUUUUUUUGCCAACUCAUAAAAGACUACCUGCGUUGGAGAGGGAAAUAGCUGUAGAAAGUCUAAUUUAGUGUGAUGACAUGUUUUUUUUAGACUAGACUACUCAGCUUUGCGGAUGCUCUUAGUAAUCAUUUUCAUCUAUAUUAUAGCGAUAAUAUUUUGUUGUUUAUGGGUAGCAUUAAUAUUGGUGCCCAUAUUCUGUUCCCUUCUUAUUGUUUCUACCUUUAAAAACAUGCGCCUGAACCGAAUCCGGGACAUGCAACGACAAAGCCUGGAAUUCUCGGUGGACAAUGUGAUAAUCGGAAGGAAAAUUUUACGGUGCAUCAACGUCGGGAAAGGUUUUGGUGCAUUUCACACAUGGCAUUAGUUUAUUUGUUGCGUUCUCCAUGUCAUAUUUUUCUUAAAGUAUUUGUAAAUUGGUCCUUUUACAAUAUUUAUUUACUAAACAUAACCGGUUAUCCAUCCUUACGAAAGCAUCCCAGGGACUGCACGUCUGCACUCUGCACCCCUCAAGCUUGGGAGAAGGGCUCCAUCAUCCAACUUUUGUUGGAAUUUUGGCAGGUUUUUAUACCUUUAGGUCUUCAAAGUUGGGAUCAGGUUCUCGGUGAGAGCAUGGCAGCAUUUCAAGUAUUCUUGAGUUGUCACUUGGUUUAUUUCCUUUAAUGUCUGGAAGACUGGAACCCCUAUUCUUUCAUUGGAUGUGCUGCGUUUGGAUGGUUAUCUUUGAAGGUUAGCACAAAUGAGAGUGUGCCGAUUAUAGAGCUACUGAUACUCGAGGACAUAGUUGGACUUGAAAGAUCGCAGUAGCUUAGUGCCUUGCUUCUUUGAUCAAAUUUGAUGUAUCUUUUACUUGAGUCUCUCUUUAGAUAUUCAGAUACGAUGUAAAUAACUUUUCCGACAUUGAAUAUGUAAUGAUUUUGAUUUCAUUCAUUUAUUUU